GCGCGCUGGGACGGGAUGCCUCUAAGUGCCCCUGCUCUCCCCGCAGUCGGGCCGCCAAUGCUCAUCCCCAUGUACUUCCAGUACCAGAUCAUCACGACCAUGAUCUCACGCCGAGACUGGGUGGACUUGGCCUGGGCUAUGAGCUACUAUGCCCGGUUCUUCAUCACCUACGUCCCUUUCUAUGGCAUUCUGGGAGCCGUCCUUUUCCUCAACUUCAUCAGGUUCCUGGAAAGCCACUGGUUUGUGUGGGUCACACAGAUGAACCACCUCGUCAUGGAGAUUGACCACGAGCCCUACCGCGACUGGUUCAGCAGCCAGCUGGUAGCCACCUGCAACGUGGAGCAGUCCUUUUUCAACGACUGGUUCAGCGGGCACCUCAACUUCCAGAUCGAGCACCACCUCUUCCCCACCAUGCCUCGGCACAACCUCCACAAGGUCGCACCGCUGGUGAAGUCUCUGUGCGCUAAGCACGGCAUCAAGUACCAGGAGAAGCCGCUGCUGAGGGCCAUGCUGGACAUCAUCAGGUGUCUGAAGAAGUCCGGGGAGCUGUGGCUGGACGCCUACCUCCACAAAUGAAGCAACAGCCCUGGGGGCACCCACGGGGAAGGGGGAGCAGGUGGGAGUGCUGGCCACAGGGAGGGGUGGGCUUUUGUUCUGAGGGGUGUCCACGAGGUUGGGGUACAUGCUGGCUUGGGGAUCCCAUUUUUGGUCUUUCUGCUGUUUUUCUCUCCGCUUUCGCUUCGCUUCUCUCUCUGACACCCUCCCUCAUGGGGCCGCCCUCUAUCAGGUGGCCCCUCACCUUCUCCCAGCUCCCACCCCCAGGAGCAGAGAGAGGUGCUCUGUCCCGGCCCCCAGCUUCUGCCAGACCAGAGGUCCACAGAUACCGCCCCAUCUUGCUGCCUGGCCUCUAGGCCUCACACUACCUUGUCUUCCUCCGAUAGUCCUGAGGUCCGUGGGGGACCUGGGGUCCUAGUUGGGCACCACGGCUCCCUGGUCUGCAGGCCCGGCCCCCCCCUCUGACAUGGCCCCACUGGACCGGGGCUCGGGGCCUCCCUGCUGGCACCCCUUCUCUUCAGGUGUCCAGGGUCCUGGCCCUGACCCUGGCUCCCUUUGCCUGCAGUGCAGCCAGCUCAGACCUCGGGGCCCAGGCAAGUGUCCUCGCCCCGUGGGAGCCCCCUGACCCGAGGCUUGUGCUGUUCCAUCCCACCGUCUGCCAUGUCUCCCCAGCUCCACAGCCUGGGACCUGGGGGCCAAGGCGGCCAUCCUGAAGGUGGGCUUGGCCAAGGCCAUGGCCCGGUCAGAGGAUCAGCCGGCCUGUUGGCUCAGCCCUGCCCCACCCCCCACAUCCCCUUCAGAUGUUUGACGGGGCUGGGAGACCUAAGAUUCUGGAGCGAUCCGACCCUUCUCCGAAGCGCUCCGUUACCUGCCAGGCAGUGCUAGUCAGUCUCUAGCUGCUUGGCCGAGUGGCCUUGAGCCCUUCAAGCUGCAGGAGGGCGCCUCACACAGCCCCUCCCCAUGCGGGAACGCCAGUGUGGACGUGCUCACACUAUCUUCUGCUCUCUCCUGUCCUGUUUUUUUUAACCUUUUGUUAUAGAUACAUUCUGACAGGGGGAGCGACAACAGGGCUGGGCCUUGUCAGAACCUUUUCCCACCUGCCUCUCCGGGCCCCGCCGUGGGCUGAGCCCGCCCGGCUCACUCACGGAGGCCACAGGGACCCCAACUGUGGGGGCUGCAGGAGCCGCUGCUGUCGAGAGGGCAGCAGGGGCCCAGGGGGAGGCAGUGCCAGAGAAGAUGACCCUGAGGAUCUGGGGGGUUUGGGAGGGAGAUAUGAUGAGGGCCCAGUGAAAACUGCAACAAGAAGUUUGAGGGCUGGAGGCCGGGCGGCGGAGGGGUUGGGGAGUGAGCGGGAGGGAGGGACCCGGGGCUGCUAGAUUCGGAAAUCUAACCCACUAACCAAUAUUUAGCUUCGGGGGAGGGGAGCUCAAAGUGGGGGCCUGUGGGGGAGGGCUGUCGUCCCCCAGCUCUGGCCAGCCACGGGGGACGCAUCCUGUGUGACAGACCUGUGGGUUGCCAUGGCAACAUGGGCCCCCCCCCCCCAGGCCCUCCCGCCAAGAACACAGGCCCUAAGAGCUGUCCUUCCCUAGAGACAGAAUGGAUCCAUAGGGAACUGAUGUUAAUUUUUACCAUGUCACUUCCCCACCCCUACAUUUUUUGGAAAUAAAAGUAAUUUUAUUCUCA